AUGCCGCGCUGUGCUAUCCUGCCUUCAGAAUCAACAAAAUGCAGCGGCGGUUCACCUCACAGAGAAAGGCGACGUCGGGAGGAAGAACCACAAGCUUCAGGCUUCAGUGGAGCCCUACACAGAACACCUCCUCAUCCCCCACCAGCACUCUUACGCCGUCUGGGAGUCAAGGAACCAACUGGUGUUGGAAAGGAUAAAUGUCAUACGACACCUGGAUAG